GUGCUCCGCAGGUUCUCUCGAAGACCGACUCAUGGUCGACUGUUCAACAAUCGACACAGCCACGAGCCUCGCAGUGAAAGAGUACAUAGCCAUGCACCAUCCCAGCACAUCCUCCUAUGAUGCCCAGUGAGUGGUGGUGUCCUUGGUGCGGAGAAAGGCAUCAUCGCUUUCUUCCUAGGGAGCGGAGCGCAAAGACAGAUCCUAACAUAGAGAGUUUGUCUCCCCUCCUGCACUUAAUGGGAAAGCAAGUCAUCGCCUGCGGAAAGCUCUGCAACAACUAUCUUUCGGGCCUAAUUGCAAUCGCGAGUUCUGAAGCGUUGAGCAUCGGCAUCCAAGCCUUCCUGGAUCCCCGUGUUCUCUCGACUGUGUUUGCAGCUAGUACAGCGCAGAAUCCCAUCUGUGAUGGAUUUAACCCUUGUCCUGGUGUUGUUCCGAAUGCGCCAUCAAGCCACAGCUAUCGCAGCGGAUUCAAAGUUCAGCUCAUGAAGGACUUUACAUUAGUGGUUUCUACAGCGCAGCAGGUGGGAGCGCGUUUGACGCUCGGAGAGGCUGGGUUAAGGACGUAUGAGGCUGCAUCGGAGGAUGCUUUUUCAACCUUCGCAGUAUAGCAUUCAGCUUGCCUUCUCCACUCAUGGUAACAGAUAUACAGCUCCAGCUACCAUGCACCGAGUUAGAAUAGAAAGCCCCUGAUG